GCGCGUUUAUGUUUAUACCUCGCCGGCGCUGGGAGUGACACAUGGUCGAAGUGAUUGUCUCUCAACAAUGAGCCAUGGCGACUGGCCCUGCACAUCCGGAUAAGACCGACACGGCGGCGGAAGCGGGCCCGGGAGAGGGCAGUGCGACCUAUUCGGUGUUUCAAACCAGCAUCGCGAAGCUGCGGAUGGCCCGAUGGAGGGUCACUCCAGACUGGAAGCCCAAGAGCCGAGACGAAGCGAAGGACUUUCUCAGGGCGGCGCCGGUGAGAGACAAGCGGACCCUCUCCGAAAAGGGACUCUUUCGAAUGCUCUUCGUUCAUCUGCCCGACGCAAACCAACUCACCUUGCACGAAGACCUAAUCGAGGUCGCCAGGAAUCAUGCCUGGAUCGAUAGCCAGUUUGCUUCCCGGCUGCGAUCCCCAUCGGGCGGGAUGGUGUGGUUAGAUUCCCGCGAGAGCGCCAACAUGGGCUUGGCCGUCCAAGCACCAGCCACCGCCGGAGAUGGCCUGGCGUAUUGUUUCUCCCUGACCAAUAUUCGCGGCUUCGAGUCGGAUUGGGUCUGCCUCUUCGUCGGCGCGCGCGACGUCUGCCCUCAGCGCGUGGCGUCACUGAUGUCCCAGGACCCGUUCCCGUCCGAUUUCGUCCCGCCUUUGCCUCCAGACUUCAUGUUCCUGCCUAUUUGUGUCCUCUCGUACGACAUAUCCGAGCUGGCCAGGGGCGUUGACGAGGUCAACUCGGGCGUCCUACAUAUAGUGGGACAGCUCACCGAGGCCGGCAUACCCGAAGCCGGCGUACCAACGGAAAUUGGCGGGAGCGAUGCUGCCGUGAGCCUCCUCUCGGAGCACAUAGGCAACCUCCACGAGCCGACCGACAUGUACCGGAUCAGAGCCGGCAGGGCCGGGCUGUUGAAAAUCCAGCAGAAACAUCUAGCGCUCAAGCGGCGGUGGUCGUUCCUCCGUGAAUUUGCUCACAAACUGGGCUCAUACUUUGAGCUGCGCGUAGCGAGCUGGUCCAAAGAAGGAGACCCCGCAACCUACUCGGCGGCGCUUCGGGGAAGGGUCGACCGCGAGCUAGCGAAUCUUGACUCGCUAUUCCACGAGUUGGACGUGAUACCGUUAAGAAUAGAGGCGCAGCAGGCUUCAGUGGACAGUUAUAUGAGCCUCAUCGUAAGCAACUUCACGGUGGACGCCCCCCGAAUCCGGAAGAAUCGUCUCCUAACCUAG